AUGAGAAAGGUCAGAUAUGCAACUGCACAUUCUCACCGAUCUCUCUGCUUCUCUUGGGCUGAGACUUACCAUCCGCUAUGCUCAUUUAGCAAAGUUCUAGAAGGUCUGCGAAAGCUUGUUCUGUUUGCAUGGCACAAACCAUUGGCCGGCCCUCGAGGCUUCAGGCCAGCGGUGAACCAAUUGACAAAGCAUCACGAGACGGUAUCAGCCACUGUUCUGAGACCAGACCUAGGCUUUAUGAUGUCGGCUGAGAGAAUCAAUGCUCCAACUGUCCCUGUAGAUUACUUGCACCCCUCUGGGGGGUUGCAGGCUCUGGGGAUCUCAUUCUCAUCGAGGCCACCUUCGUUCCACCACCCAUCUGGAGUUACCCACGACCAGGGUCGCGAUGCAAUACCACCAGAUCAGACACCUGCUGAUGAUGACAUCUUGGCUCUGCAGGCCGGGCUAGAUGAGACUGGCUCGGCGAGGCGGAUAUUUGAGAGGUCUCAGACCAACGGGAAGCCGCAGCUCGCUCUUGUAUCACCAGAAGCUGCUUUUCCGCCAGCUAAUAAUUUCCAUCGGAUCUCAGGGUUUUGGAAUGGGAAAGGAACUGGCCUCGAUUGUCUCACAUCCGCUCCAGCCGAUGAAUGCCGACGGGCAUGUACUAGCUUCCACGCGGGAUUCUGUGCCGGGGCCCCACGAUUCUGUGGCUUGGCCUGCCAGCUCUCUGAGGCGCAGCCGAGCUUCAGCGGGGAGAAGCGCAGCGGCUUGGAAUCGGCAUUUGCAGACAAUGGAGAAGGAUUCCGGCCGAGCGGAAGUAUGACAGGUUCUCUGGCGGUUAGUGGAUGGGUAGACCGCGACAGGGGGGCUGGUCUGAGAAAGGCAGAGGAAAAACUCAAUUCAAGACAAUGGGAAAUUACUCAGGCUGCCACACGUGCCAAAUUAGCCUUUCUGACCUCCCCAGAAUUAGAAAUUGGAGGAACAGGAGGGGAGUCAUCGCAUGUGUUUGUGAAACGUGAUGUUUAG